AUGGAGCUUGAGCUUAGUCUGGGGGAUUCUCGAGCUCCAGCAAAGAGCACUUUCACGCCUGCACUGACUCCUAUACACGCAGGUGAAGGAGAAGGCCAUGAGCUUGCGCUAGAGCUAGGAGUAGGGACUGCCAAAAGAGCUGAACAAGACAAUGAAAAGACACUCGUGCAAGCAGAAGAUGUGCAGGAAGAAGAAGAAGAAACACGCUCAUACAGCGAGUCACCUGUCGAGCUGAGCCGCAUCUGCCCUUUGCUGCCUGCCUCAGCAGAAAUAGGGACCGUGAAUUCAGAGGUGUGCGUACGAGGAUUUGAUUUAAACACUGUUUUGGUGGAUGGAGACACAGCACAAGGAAGAUCUUUGUCAACUUUGUCCUUGCCUUUGGAGGUUCCUGUUCGGCAGACAGCUGAUCAGGAAGCUGCAGAGGAUGAGGCGAUUAGUGGGGUUGGCGGGGGAACGAGGAAGAAGCUGAGGCUGUCCAAGAAGCAAUCUGCGUUCCUGGAGGAUAGCUUCAAGGCACACAGCACACUUUCCCCAAAACAGAGGAGUGAUUUGGCGAACCGGCUUAGCCUUCGACCGCGCCAGGUGGAGGUCUGGUUUCAGAACAGAAGAGCGAGAACUAAGCUAAAGCAAACAGAGGUGGACUGUGAGUAUCUGAAGCGUUGCUGCGAGAACCUAGCACAGGAGAACCGAAGGCUCCAGAGGGAGGUGGCAGAGCUGCGUGCCCAGCGUGUUUCCACCAUCGCUGCCUACCCGUUUUACGGCCAUCAUCUGCCUGCAGCGGGGUUCAGCACUGCCCGAGCGUGCCCCUCAUGCGAUAAUAAGAAGGCCACGGCUCACUACACUGCUAUCAGCGCACCACCAGCAGUAGUGCCACCACCAUCCUCGGGGCCCACCUUGUUCGCCAGGCCUCACUUCGGUCCCUUCACCGUCCACCCAGUGCUCCGCCGCCAGCCGUCGGCGACCUCGUGA